CUUCUCCGGUCCCGGUCCUCCACCAACGUAGCUCAGCUGUGCACUACAAAUAAGGCGGCCUUUCACGAUCCCUUCUCGAUCAAUCGCUAUAUAGCACGUAGAAGAAGAAGGAGGAGAAGACGAAGCACAAGUAGAGCUAAGGCAGUGAUCGAGAGCUAGCUAGCUAGCUCACAACGACGUACGUGAUUGCAGAUCGAGCUACGAGCAGCAGAGAGAUACAUCGUCUAGGAGUACCUACCUAGCUACGAGAUAUGGCGGCGUCGGCGGACAUGGAGCGGAUCUUCAAGCGGUUCGACACCAACGGCGACGGCAAGAUCUCGCUGUCGGAGCUCACCGACGCGCUGCGGACGCUGGGCUCCACCUCCGCCGACGAGGUGCAGCGCAUGAUGGCCGAGAUUGACACCGACGGCGACGGAUUCAUUGACUUCAACGAGUUCAUCUCCUUCUGCAACGCCAACCCGGGGCUCAUGAAGGACGUCGCCAAGGUCUUCUGAUCCAUCCAUCAUCCAAUAUAUAUAUAUUAAUUACUGAUCAUGCAAUGUCGUCCAUCGUCGCUUCCUAAUCCAUGCAUGCAUCCCACAGGCCUGCUUAAUUCCAUCACCUUCUUCAAUUCAUUCCACCUAGCUCAUUGAUUAAUUGAUUACUUACUAGUCUGUUUGUCUAAUAUAUAUAUAAUUCGGUCCAUCGGCGUCUCACAUUUGCUUUUGUUUCUUCCUGCCUUUUCAAUCAAUUUAUUAUUAUUAUAUAAAUAUGAACUAUAUUUUUGUUCCUGUCUGCUGAUGAGUAACUUGUACAUGGGCUGCCUGAGCUUAUAUGUAAUUUAAUUUCUCGGACAACGAGAAUCCAUCCAUGCAU